UCGCCUCCGAGUGUUCAGCCAUUUUGUAAGAAAAUCAAGCAAGUCUGCCGCCCUACCUUCGCUUCAGACCUGCAGUUUUUUUCUUGUGCAAUGGACGGCCGCCUAGACGCCACUGAGUUGUACCCUCUGGGAUCCGGUUACGUCCCUGAAAUUGAGAGUGUCCAUGACAUAUCAGUUGGCACAAAGAGGGGAUCCGACGAACUCUUUUCUUCCUGCAUAUCCAACGGACCCUAUAUCAUGAACUCAGCCAAUGGCAACGACAGCAAAAAAUUCAAAGGUGAUGUCCGCAGUCCCGGAGUCCCGUCACGUGUGGUCCACGUUCGCAAGCUGCCCAAUGACAUCAACGAGGCCGAGGUUAUAAGCCUGGGACUGCCCUUUGGGAAGGUCACUAAUUUGCUGAUGUUGAAAGGGAAAAACCAGGCCUUUCUGGAGCUUAACAGUGAAGAGUGCGCACAGACGAUGGUGAGCUACUACUCUUCUGUCACCCCUGUCAUCAGAAACCACCCCAUCUACAUGCAGUACUCGAAUCAUAAGGAGCUCAAGACGGACAAUUCUCCCAACCAAGUGCGUGCCCAGGCAGCUCUGCAGGCAGUCAAUGCCCUGCAUGGCGGUGGAAUGGGAAGCAUGGCCAUCCCCACAGAUGCAAGCAGCCUGGCUGGAGCCACAGCCCAGAGCCCUGUGCUCAGAGUGAUUGUGGAAAACCUUUUCUACCCCGUCACCCUGGAUGUCCUGCAUCAGAUUUUUUCAAAGUUUGGAACCGUGCUGAAGAUCAUCACUUUCACCAAGAAUAACCAGUUCCAGGCAUUGAUCCAAUAUGCUGACGCCAUGACAGCUCAGCAUGCUAAACUGUCUCUAGAUGGCCAGAACAUCUACAAUGCUUGCUGUACCCUGAGAAUCAGCUUCUCCAAGCUCACUAGCCUCAACGUUAAGUACAACAACGACAAAAGCAGGGACUACACCCGGCCUGACCUUCCUACAGCAGAUUCCCAGUCCUCACUUGACCACCAGACCAUGGCAGCUGCAUUUACUGCUCCAGGUAUAAUCUCCGCCUCGCCAUUUGGUGGAGCGCAUGGCUUCCCCCCAACUUUUACCAUCCAGCAAGCUGGACUGUCAGUUCCUGGCAUUCCCGGUGCUUUGGCGUCCCUGGGCGUGGGUCACAGCGGCAUGGCGGCUGCUGCAGCGGCCGCAGCCAGCCGGCUUGGCCUAUCAGGUUUCGCUGCCGCUGGGGGACACAACGUGUUGCUGGUCAGCAACCUGAACCCUGAGACCGUUACGCCACACUGCCUCUUUAUUCUUUUCGGUGUGUACGGUGAUGUCAUGAGAGUGAAGAUCUUGUUUAAUAAAAAGGAGAACGCUCUAGUCCAGAUGUCUGAUGGCACACAGGCUCAGUUAGCCAUGAGCCACCUGAAUGGCCAGCGUCUCCAUGGCAGGGCCAUGCGCGUGACGUUGUCGAAGCACACAACAGUUCAGCUGCCCAGAGAAGGCCACGAGGACCAGGGCCUCACAAAGGAUUUCAGCAACUCGCCGCUUCAUCGCUUCAAGAAGCCCGGCUCCAAAAACUACUCCAACAUCUUCCCACCGUCUGCGACACUCCACCUCUCCAACAUACCGCCUUCUGUGAUGGAGGAUGAUCUCAAAAGACUCUUUGCAAGCUCAGGAGCCACAGUCAAGGCCUUUAAGUUCUUUCAAAAGGACCGCAAGAUGGCCCUGAUCCAGAUGGGCUCAGUCGAAGAGGCGAUCGAGUGCCUCAUUGAGUUCCACAACCAUGAUCUGGGCGAGAACCAUCACCUCCGAGUGUCCUUCUCAAAAUCCACCAUCUGAGUGCCUUUCCUUGCACCUUUCCCUUCCAUCUGAAUGCCACUCUUCGCGAGGUUGCCUUCGGUGGAAAUGGCCUUCAUAACAUAUUUAUACUGUUUAUUUUUCCAUAAGGGUGUUGCCCAUUUAUUGCUUUUUUUUUCUCCCCUUGUUAGGUUUAGUUUAGAUUUCAGAUUUGAUCCAAAUCAUUCUGAUUCUUCUGUCCGUGCGGUAACGCAGCAGAUGUUUUAUGUUGUCUUUUGCUGGAAAAGAUAUUCCAAAAACAUAAUAGAUGGAUAAUGAUGUUCCCUCUAGCCAUGCACAAAUUAGCGUCUUUAUUUGGGCUGGUUUGUUUACAGUCUUCUUUGAUAUGAUUAGAAAAUGUUAGCGUUUCUCGGGUAAUUUGCUUAAAAUUAGUUCCUUUUUUGUCCUCUUUAAUUUUGUCUAUACACUAAAUUCAACAGCAAAACCCAAUCAUCGCUUUUGUUUUGACAAAAUUUUAGGAUUUCGAAAAUGGGCAACAUUUUGUAACCAAAACACUUUUGUAUUGGAGGCAAAGUAGAACCAUCUGACCAACUUUCCAUUUUGACCAUAAAGACGAUCUCUACCAUAAUACGCAUCUAGAUUAAUUGUACCUGACCCACUUCAGCAUUGUUUUCUCUCUUCUGGUUGUGUGAAAAUGUUCACCGUUUUGGAAAAAAAACAAAAAGCCACUUUAAUCCUGUUUGGCCAGUGAGGAACGGUUUAAGAUGAAGAAUUUUUUUUCUUGACACAUGCGCUCAUCCAUCUUUACUUUUUACGUUGCGUCUACCCUCCUAUAUCCUUCUGAGGAUCCAGACCACUAUCAGAAGUUAUUCUGUAAAAGACCCUUUCUUUUUUUUCUUCUUCUUCUUUUUAAUGUUUGUAACCUCGUGCCUUACUUUGCCCCAAGCCAGAAUGCUCUGGCUUCUUUUUCCAUACUUUUCUGGUAUUUACCAGCAUUGUUUAAAAAGGGGAAAGUGGCUCAUUUAAUCUCCUUUCUCCUUAAAAAGUACAAUUCUUCAUCUUUUGUAUGCUUAUAGCCCCAUCAUACAUAUCUAGAAUCUAUGAAUGUAAGUCAGUUAGAUGCUAAAUCCCUUCUUGUUUUUGUUUAGGUGAUGUAGCUCCGUUUAGGUGCGUUGUUGCUGAUGUAGAGCUGGAUUCAGCCUGUCAGUCUUACAGCCCCCCUGUCACUUCCAUUUAGUGGGUUUUGGGGCCUCAUUUAACCAGGUUACGUUCAUAUAUAUAUAUAUAUAUAUAAGUAUAUAUGCGUGUAAAACUAUAUAUUCAUUUAUCUUUUCUUUUUAAGAGUAGAUUUACAUGUAUUUUGCCUAAAUUUAACUGACUUGUGCUUACAGUAGCUGAGUUUGAUGGCUAGGGGAGUGCCUUGUCCCUUUGCGUUUUUAUUCCAAUGCUGAAACAAGCCUGGUCAGUGGACUUUGUUUACCUCUCUUUCAGAACUCGUAUCAUACUUGUCUGCGGAGAUGCCUUUUCAAACAAUAAUCAGGUAAUCCCACCUGACAGAGGGCAGCUUGGAGGCAUUCGCACGUUUAUGAAUGACAGUCUUAGGCUGCGUUUAAUACAAAAAAACUAACUAAAUAAAUCCAACCAGUAUAUAUUCUGUAACUUCAGCAAACCAGAAGGUUGGGAAGCCCUGCCUCAUUCCCUGUCUGUGUCUACUUAAGCCACAGUCAGUUUGUGCACUUUUCCUUACAGUUAAGUCCAAACAGGCACCAUCACGCUGAAGUCUUAAACAAUCUCUCAUUCCUGCGUGCCUCACGCACCAGUUUCCCAACAAAAACCCCGACCUCUGUAGUUUCGGACCAGUAAAAGAUUUCUGUCUCUAUUUUUGUAAAAGAUUCUUAUGCAUGACUCAAAGCUUCAUGUAGCUGCAGACGGUUUUUUUGCUGUUGAGGACCAAAGUGUGUUUUGCCCCUGCUAUUUUGUAGCAUCUGAACCUUCUUUUUGUUUUUUGGACACACAUUCCUGCUGUUUUGCAAGACCACAAGGAUUCAGUUCAGACGUCUCCAAGGUGACGGCUUAUACUGUAUGUUUUCACUUUACAAAGAGCCUACUUUGGCAGAGAUGGCUUUAGAAUGGAUACUUUAUUGAACACAGUCUUAGCUGUGAUGUUAACAGUGUAGAAGAUUAUAUGCCUUUUACUUUUUGUUUAAAAGCUUUUAUGUUUUUCUUUUUAUAAGGGGGCGGGUUGGGGUUAAAUGUAUGAAGCGGGGUUCAUGAUUGUAUAUAUUCAUGUUUUUGUACCACAAAAUAAUUUGGAUUAUAUUCACUUUAAGUUCAAAACAUGUAUAUUUUGAUAAACCGUGAAGACAUAUUAAGCUCACCUGAGCUGGAAAACAACGAAGAAAAAAAAACAACAACUUUUGUAACACAAAGACAUUAAACUAUCUGAACACA